ACAGCUUUCCGACAUCACCAGCCAAGGAUUUUUUCCCCCCCCUUCUCCUUAGUCGCCGUCCGUCCAUCAGUACCUGCGGGGGGUGGGGGGGGGAGGAGGAGGGAGGAAAGCGGAAAGAGGAAAAAGCAAAAGCUUGAGCCUUCCGAUCCGACCACGAAUACUCCUGUAAUAAACCCACCGCCCCAACAAAUCUGCCUUAGCAGCCGCAGCCGCUGCCGCCGCCGGUCACUUCUCGUCUCAGCGCUUUCUUUGCUUCUUGGCUAAUCGGUUUGUUGAAGGGGGUAGAUCUGAUCAAACAAAUCCUUGCUCUUAAGCCAUUUGCAUUUUUUUUCUGUUGUUUCCUUAGAGUCUCUCUUCGGGGGACUCGCUCCCCCCACCCCCACGCCCUCGGUUGGAGGUUGGAUUCACUUGGAUACGGCGUCAGACUCCGGGGUCCUGGGUGCUUUUUUCUCCCACGCCUCCCCAUCAUUGAUUCCCCCCAUCUUUUGCUUCUCAUAUGUGUGUGUGUUUUUUUUUUUUUUUAAUAAACCCUGAUUUUUGAAGCUGAGCCGGGGAAAAUGGGCAACGGUGAUUGGGACCGAAGGGGAGUCUCUCCGUCACUGUUGCUGGGACGCGUGCCUGUGCUGGUGUCUUAGAGCAAGAGCCUCCCUGAGCUUUCGGAGUGGAAGAAUAGUGGAAGAGACUGCAGCCUAAAGACUUUUAAAAUUAACUUGGCAUCACUUUUCUCAGCUCAAAGGCUAAACAAAAAAAAAGCAGUGUCAUUUAUUCUAAGAAAUAACUUCUUAAAGGCUAAAGCUGAGAAAAAUUCAAGCUAUUUUUGGAUAACAACUUACAGAGGCCCAAUGACAUAGGAUGAAGGCUGUUCGUAACCUGCUGAUUUAUAUAUUUUCCACCUAUCUCCUGGUUAUGUUUGGAUUUAAUGCUGCCCAAGACUUCUGGUGUUCAACUUUGGUGAAGGGAGUCAUUUAUGGAUCGUAUUCUGUAAGUGAAAUGUUUCCCAAAAACUUUACAAACUGCACUUGGACGCUGGAAAAUCCAGAUCCAACCAAAUAUAGCAUUUACCUGAAAUUUUCCAAAAAGGACCUUAGCUGCUCUAACUUUUCCCUCCUGGCUUAUCAGUUUGAUCAUUUUUCUCAUGAAAAAAUAAAGGAUCUUUUAAGAAAGAAUCAUUCUAUAAUGCAACUCUGUGACUCCAAGAAUGCUUUUGUUUUUCUACAAUAUGAUAAAAAUUUUGUUCAGAUACGUCGGGUAUUUCCAACCGACUUCCCAGGAUUACAGAAAAAAGGGGAAGAAGACCAGAAAUCUUUUUUUGAGUUUUUGGUAUUGAACAAGGUGAGCCCAAGCCAGUUUGGUUGCCAUGUAUUAUGCACUUGGUUGGAGAGCUGCUUAAAAUCAGAAAAUGGGAGAACAGAAGCAUGUGGGAUCAUGUAUACAAAAUGCACCUGCCCUCAGCAUUUGGGAGAGUGGGGAAUCGACGACCAAUCGCUGGUCAUGUUAAAUAACGUGGUGUUACCCCUGAAUGAGCAGACCGAGGGAUGCCUGACCCAGGAACUGCAAACCACCCAGGUCUGCAAUCUUACCAGAGAGGCCAAGCGACCGCCCAAAGAAGAAUUUGGAAUGAUGGGAGAUCAUACAAUUAAAAGUCAGCGACCUCGAUCUGUUCAUGAAAAAAGGGUCCCUCAGGAACAAGCUGAUGCUGCUAAAUUUAUGGCACAAACUGGUGAAUCUGGUGUGGAAGAGUGGUCCCAGUGGAGCUCAUGCUCAGUUACUUGUGGUCAAGGGUCGCAGGUGCGAACCAGAACUUGUGUAUCACCUUACGGGACACACUGCAGCGGCCCAUUAAGAGAAUCAAGGGUUUGCAAUAACACUGCCCUCUGUCCAGUACAUGGAGUUUGGGAGGAGUGGUCACCAUGGAGUUUAUGUUCAUUUACAUGUGGUCGAGGCCAAAGGACAAGAACAAGGUCGUGCACACCUCCUCAGUAUGGAGGAAGGCCAUGUGAAGGACCUGAAACUCAUCAUAAGCCUUGUAAUAUUGCUCUCUGCCCAGUUGAUGGACAGUGGCAGGAGUGGAGUUCAUGGAGCCAGUGCUCAGUGACAUGCUCGAAUGGGACCCAGCAGAGAAGCCGGCAGUGCACUGCAGCCGCUCAUGGGGGUUCUGAAUGCAGGGGCCCAUGGGCAGAAAGCAGAGAGUGCUAUAAUCCUGAGUGUACAGCCAAUGGUCAGUGGAAUCAGUGGGGUCAUUGGAGUGGAUGUUCCAAGUCCUGUGAUGGCGGCUGGGAAAGGCGAAUGAGGACCUGUCAGGGUGCAGCGAUAACAGGGCAGCAAUGUGAGGGAACAGGCGAAGAAGUGAGAAGAUGCAGUGAGCAGCGAUGUCCUGCACCUUAUGAAAUAUGCCCAGAGGAUUAUCUGAUGUCGAUGGUGUGGAAAAGGACUCCGGCAGGCGACUUGGCAUUCAAUCAGUGCCCUCUGAAUGCCACAGGCACCACUAGCAGACGCUGCUCUCUCAGUCUUCAUGGAGUGGCCUUCUGGGAACAGCCGAGCUUUGCAAGAUGCAUAUCAAAUGAGUACAGACACUUGCAGCAUUCAAUUAAAGAACACCUUGCUAAAGGGCAGCGGAUGCUUGCAGGUGAUGGAAUGUCCCAGGUGACCAAGACGCUGUUGGAUUUAACUCAGAGGAAAAAUUUCUAUGCAGGCGAUCUGCUGAUGUCCGUGGAAAUCCUCAGAAAUGUGACAGACACAUUUAAAAGGGCAAGUUACAUCCCUGCAUCCGAUGGUGUCCAGAACUUCUUUCAAAUAGUUAGCAACCUUCUAGAUGAAGAAAACAAGGAAAAAUGGGAAGAUGCACAACAGAUUUAUCCAGGCUCGAUAGAGUUAAUGCAGGUGAUUGAAGAUUUUAUACACAUUGUUGGAAUGGGGAUGAUGGACUUUCAGAAUUCAUACUUAAUGACUGGAAAUGUAGUGGCUAGCAUUCAGAAGCUUCCCGCAGCCUCUGUUCUAACAGACAUCAACUUCCCAAUGAAAGGACGGAAGGGAAUGGUUGACUGGGCAAGAAACUCAGAAGAUAGGGUAGUCAUUCCAAAAAGCAUUUUUACUCCUGUGUCAUCAAAAGAAUUAGAUGAAUCAUCAGUAUUUGUUCUUGGAGCCGUCUUGUACAAAAACUUAGAUCUAAUUUUGCCCACUCUGAGAAAUUAUACUGUCGUUAAUUCCAAAAUCAUCGUGGUCACAAUAAGGCCUGAACCCAAAACAACUGAUUCGUUCCUGGAGAUAGAACUAGCUCAUUUGGCUAAUGGUACUUUGAAUCCCUAUUGUGUGUUAUGGGAUGACUCAAAAACAUUCUGAUAUUUUAGGGACCCUCUUCUAC